GGAACGCCGUCGAUCCACUAUCCACAGCAAUACGUAAACAUGUCUCUGGAAACAACCUCACUGCUCAAUCUCAAAGCCGGUUUCCCGUCGAAUCGGCGGUUGGCUGCCUCAGUUCAUUCAUUUCCUCCGACUUGCUACCACCGACAUCCAGCUCCGUUGCUAAAGUCAUUAUCAUUGUCUUUUCGCGCCAAUAAUGUUAAUCGUCAAGGAACUAAAAUUCCUGCGGUUUUGGAGACUGAAAACGCGGUGACGGAGGAGCAGUCUAAACCGCCUGUAAAAAUAGUUGCCGUUGUCGGCAAUGGAAGCCUCAGCCCGCUGAAGAGCGCUCCUUGGGAGGAGGUCAUGCUCCACACUGCAAAAAGGUUGAAAUGGGUUGAUGAAGGGUAUCAAAUGAUUGUAUUCACCGAUAAUGUAUGUCAAUGUAAUGACAAAACUAAGUAUCUGGAAAAGGAAUUGAGUCAUGCAGAUGUAUUGCUGAUAGUUGCCGUUUCAAAUCAAGAAUCAGUGAAGUGGAUCCAAAUGAAUAGCCAAACGGUUCCUAAUAUAAUUUGUUUUGACUCAUCUCCAAAUCUGGAAAACAAACUUGGAGGAUCAUAUGUUCAGAAUGAAAUCAAUGGGACCUUAUGUGGGAAAAUUAUUGGAGUUUCUCUGCCUAAUAAAAUCAAAGAAUCAUUGCAAGUGGUGAAAACUGUAUCUGAAGCAUGGGACCGGCAUAAUGCAGAUGACAUAAGAUUUUGUUUGCUGGUCAUAAUCAAUGCAUAUAUCAGACCAGUACCAAUCCUGAAGAACCUGAGAUCAAAGGGUUUUUCUACCCUGAAUUGCAUGGUUAAGAACUGUGGACCUCAGAUAGUAAACUGCCUAUUGGAUCCUAAUUGCAGGAAAGCACUACAAUGCUUGAACAACUGCAGCCCCGUUGAUCAGGUGUGUAAUUAUCGAUGUAUUGCCUCUUAUGAAAGUCCAAAUCUAGAGGCAUUCUCUCUCUGUGUGUUGCAGAAGAACAAUUGUCUUGAAUUGGAUGCAAGGAUCCCUGAGAGGCCUUAUGUUCCUCCCAUGGUUAAGUUCCGAGGGGAGGAGUUGUGCCAUGAAACUGCCGAGGAUCUUUUUGUGGGUUGGUUGGGAACUCUGGAUUGGAGUUGGCGUGUUGUGGCGGGACAGAAUCCAGCAUAUGAUCAAUUUCCAUGCCAGUACCAGUUGUUCUACAGGGGAAAGGCGAAAGGAUCAUUCUGGUACGAGCCAGUUUUCCAGGUUCAGACACUGGAGGGAAGAAUGGUUUGGAGGAGACGAAAGUAUCGUGUGAAGAGAGGCAAAGUUCCAGGAACAUUUCACUUCAGUGUGUUGGAUAAUGGUGUCGUUUCAAAUGAGUUUUGGACAACUGUGGAUGUGUCUGAUGAUUUUAGCUGGGGUUUGUUUCACUAUAGUGGUGCUGCUCGAGCUGCAGGACAGUCAUAUACAGGGGCUGUGCUUGUGAGUCCAGAUGGAGCAUACCCAAAUGAAAAGGAGAGAGAGAGAAUGGUUUCUGCCUUGGACAAGUGUGGAAUCAAAGAAUGGGAGCUAUUUACAGUUGACAAUUGUUCAUGCCAAGGGCCUCCACUGGGAAUUCCAGAGGGCUCAAGUUUGCAUUGCAAGGUUGCUCCUGGAGAGGAGAAAAGGAAAUGGGCAACCUUGUAAUGUUUCAGAGGAAUUAGAUGAUGGAUUGGUGAACUUCCAAGUGCAGCAUGAACAGAUAGAUUAGCAGCAAAUUUGUCCAUAUAGAGGUGAGUAUACACUGGUAAAAGGACAAGAAAAGCUUAAUUUUGCUCUUUUUGUUAAAAUUAAGAAAGAGAAAAAUUAAUGAUAUAUGAAUUCUAUUCUGCAAUUAUUACAAAUUCAUGUAUUUCUUCAUAUAGCUUUUGAAAGAUUUUUGUUGAAAUUAAUUCAAAGGUUUCUCUAGAUUUGGUCUUGAAGUGGUACAACUCGUAAUUAUCUCUAUGUUAAUAUUUUAUCUCAAUGUAGUGCAUGAUUUUGUUCUGC